GCACCCACUUCAACUGCAGAAGUAACUACACCUACCACUGGUGGAACAACCACCAUUGAAGAAACCACAACUGAGACUAUUUCAUCUACUUCCACAAGGCCACCUAAAGUAGUCACCACUGGCUCAAUUACAUCUUCUACAACAGCUAUCAUUGUGACUUCAACUUCAACAUCACUGACUUCAACUUCAACAUCACAGCCUUCAACAACAAGUACAGGAACAACAGAGCCAGUUGUCAUCACAGGCAUAUUAGAAACAACAACAAAUCCUUCAACUUCACCACAAGUGAUUAUUACACCUACAUCAACAGUAGUCACCACCAGCCAGUGCAUUUGCAAUGUUAAUGGGACACAGUAUCUACCAGGGAACGUAGUGUAUAAUGUGACCGAUGCUUCAGGGUGGUGCUUCACCGCUUACUGCAAAGCAACGUGUCAAGUUGAAGUGGAAUCAAAUCCUUGUCCUUCCUCUACACCACCCACUUUAUCACCCACAACGUCAGAAGAGACCACGACCCCACCACCAACAACUCAAUCCUCUCCAGACUGCACUAGCGUUCAGCCACCAAGAAAGAAUGGAGAAUCUUGGCAGCUGAAUAGCUGUACCACAGCAAUUUGCCAGGACGGCAUUGUUGUCCAGCUACCAGUAAAAUGCAAGCCAGUGGAGCCACUACAGUGUGAGAAUGGCCGUCCACCUGUCAAGGUUUAUGAUUCAGCUGGAUGCUGCUUUACAUAUGAAUGUGAAUGUGUAUGCAGUGGAUGGGGUGGAUCUCACUACAUGACAUUUGAUGGAGUAUAUUACAAUUUCCAGGAGAACUGCUCAUACACCUUAAUGAAAGAAAUCAACUUAAAAUACAACCUUACCAUUAUUGUUGAUAACCACUACUGUGGAAACGCUGACAGUGGAUUCUGUCCUCAGUCCCUUCUCAUUCAUUACAAAUCCUAUGAAGUGAUUCUUACCCAGCAGAGAUCUGGUGAAACAACAGAAAAUGUGGUAUAUGUCAACAGUAAACGAAUCUACCCAGCUUACAGAAUGGGUGACAUUGCUCUAACAAGUACAGGUGUGGAGGUCGUGCUGGAGAUCCCUGAUCUUAAGGUUCAGGUGUCUUACAAGCGGUCAUCAUUUAGCAUCAACCUUCCUUACUCCCUCUUCCAAAGCAGCACAGAGGGCCAGUGUGGUACCUGUGAUAAUUCCCAGAAGAAUGACUGCCAGUCACCUAAUGGUCAGAUACAGAGUUGCUCAGUCGCAGCUAGCCAGUGGCUGGUUCCAAACCAGGACUGUCCAACUCCUCCAACAGCACCACCCUCUACCACCCCGGCAACCCCAAGCACGUCCCCUACCCCCUGCAAGACAGCCAUUUGUGAAAUCAUGAACAGCAUGGUCUUUGAGGCAUGCCAUAAAGCGGUUUCUCCUGACGCCUUUGUUCAGGCCUGUAGAUCAGAUGUCUGCAACAAUGCUAAUUCUAGAUGCUCUAGUCUGGAGGCAUAUGCAUCUGAAUGUGCAAAUAAAGGGAUCUGCAUUGACUGGAGGAAGUCCACCGAUGGAGAAUGUGACCAUACAUGCCCAGACACUAAGGUGUACAUGCCAUGUGGUCCAGCAGUUGAACCAACAUGUAAUACCAGAUAUAAUGAGAAGUAUUUGAACAAUCAAACCCAAAUGACCAAUAAGACGAAGGAGGGUUGCUUCUGUCCAUCUGGAACCGUCUUGUUCAGCACCUACUCUGAUACUUGUGUGGUCUCCUGUGGCUGCACUGGACCUGAUGGCAACCCCAAAAUGCCUGGUGAUACAUGGGAGAGUGUUUGCCAGCAGUGCACCUGUGACAAGGACUCUAUGGUUGUCCAGUGCCAGCCUAUCACUUGCCCCACACCAGCCAUACCCAUCUGCAAUGAAACUGGAUACAGACUGGUGAACAAGACAGAAGGCUGCUGCCAGAAAUAUACAUGUGAGUGCGAUGCACUGCUUUGCCCCAAAAUCAUGAUGGACUGCCAGCCAGGGUGGGAGGCAAUUAUAAGCACGUCCAUCUCAAGCUGCUGUCCAGAGUAUACCUGUGUUCCUAAGGGUGUAUGUGUCUACAAUAACAUUGAGUACCAGCCUGGUGCUCAAGUUCCUAAAGGAACAUGUGAGAAUUGUAUCUGCAGCUCGACCAUGGAUCCUAGCACCAAGCUCAACAACAUUGUGUGCACAAAUAUCUCCUGCGACACUACAUGUUCACAGGGCUUCCAGUAUCAGGCCAUACCUGGUCAGUGUUGUGGGAAGUGUGUACAGACAAGCUGUGUGGUUAAUAUGCCAGAUAACACCAAACACACUAUUCAGGUGAACCAAACAUGGUCACCACCUGGUGACAAAUGUGUGAAGUACACAUGUGAGAAAACUGAUGGCCAAUAUAUACCAAGGGAGGUGAAGACUGUGUGCCCUGCAUUCAGGCCAGAGAACUGUGUCCCAGGCACAGAAAAGACAGAUGCAAAUGGAUGCUGCAAGACCUGCACAGAACGCAGCAAUGUCUGUGAGAUGAAGUACACCACCACUAGCAUCGUCAUCAGUGGCUGUGCGACCGCUGAGCCUGUGGAGAUCAAUUCCUGCUCAGGAAACUGUGGAACCUCUUCCAUGUACUCAGCAGAGGCCAACACCAUGAUGCACUACUGCUCCUGCUGCCAAGAGGCGACCACUAGCCAGAAAGAGGUGGAGCUGAUCUGCCCUGAUGGGUCAAAGGUCAAGCACUCCUACAUCCACGUUGAGUCGUGCGGAUGUCACGUCACAGACUGUGAUGCAGGCACGACCGCCGCCCCUGGGAUGACCAGACAGCGCAGGAGAAGGCGCUAAACGUCUAGGGAGACAACAUGCACACUGAUAUCAGAAUUAUCCUCAUGACAUCGAAUGUUUUAGUCCAAAUUAGUUUUCUUGUUAACUUUUAUUUAAAUGUUCAUGCCAGUGUAUUUCUACAAUCGGCAGCACUUAGUAUUAUGUUCUUAUACCUUCAUUGUAGAAUGAAUGUAUUUUCUAUGAUAAAUGUAGUGGAGAAUCUUUUCUCAUUUGUAGUGAUUAAUAAACAACAGCAACAUCA